AUGCUCGUCCUCGUCUUGACGUCCUUCAUCCUUGGAGCCAGGGCCACUGAGCCAUGCGUGCCCUACAUCAGUGAAAUAUCAAACCUCACCUUUGGAAACACCAGGGAUUUGCAAUUCAUUGAACUGCAAGUUGCGGAAAGUUGCCGCACAAAUCGUAAGGCCAUGCAGGAAAUGAUCUUCAGCGAUUACGGUCUUGUCAUUCUUCAUACAAAAUCACGAGAGAAAGGAGAUCGCCUAGCAUUUGAGAUGAAGACAUUCGUGAAACUUGCGAGAUCGCUAUGGCCCAAGCAACGCCAUGAAACCAACGCAAAGAGAGGUGGCCGCAGAGUUGCUGAUGAAUUUCUGGCCUUCUUUGUAGUGAGUGGGCCAGCUGCACUUGCUCCUCCUGUAACCGCCGGUGAUCGCUCUGGAGAAGCGAUCAACUGGGUUAUGUACACAAGCGGUAUCGGUGUCAAGUGCGGAUCUCUCAUCAACUGGCCGCACUGCGAGCAGGCAAUGCCUCAGGGACAAGGAUCUUUAGACAGAUUUUUGGUAACCGAAUCGCCUUCUCCUAUUUCUGUGCAUAUUUCAAGCGAAAAGGAAUUGCUGCAGGGUCAAACAGUGCUACAGUUUGAUUCCAACAAGAACAAAUAUUUCGCACCGGAGUUGGUAGUCACGCGAGAAAAGCAGGAGUGGCUCUCAGCACGUAUCAAGGAUAUCAUUGUGCUGACACCCUCUUUGGACGAAAGUGAGAUACUCUCAUUGCACCGUUUGAAAUAUCUUAUCUCCCCACAUCUUCCCGUUGCGAUUCAUGUUCUACCGGAAGGUUUCACCGCCCUAAAAGGGGACGAGUCCAUUUCUCGUUGCUCUUCGGACGAAGAUAUAUUUGCUGUCACCAAACGGGCUCCCGGCACCGACAACCUCUGCGACGGCAACGUCAAUUAUCUACAUAGAACACCUAUCACAGAACUUUGCGAGCCGGAUGUAACACCUGAACACAAUACCACUCCCGAAGAUAUGAUUUUGGACACUGAAGAGUUUUAUGAGCCAUACCUAGAUAUACUCAUGAAUGUGGAUGACGUUGCAGCAUCAACAUCGCAGCAGCCAGCCACUCCUGCUUCCGCAACUCCUGCUCCCACUACUCUCAUUCCUACCGCUCCCGCUCACAUCACUCCUGCUCCUCAUCAACGCUCUUGCCCAAACUUAGAAUUGAUUCGGAAGCAGGACAAGGCUAUAAUCAGCCUCAAUCGACUUUUAGAAGGUGAAGAACGUAUCCAAAAUCAAGUAUGCAAUGUAGAUGCUAGAGUAAGACAAAUCCAGUCAAACUUGAAUGAACAAGAGGAGUUGCGAAAAGCAGCAGCUGAAUACGCGACUUUGGAGGUGAGAAGAAAGUUUGGAAAAGAAAUGGAUCCCGAACUCCAAGAUAGACUAAGGAGGUUAAGGCACAUCGGCAUCGAUUUUACUGACGCUCAGAUAAAAAAGAUUAGUCAUUCCUGGCUGCAAUUGGUACUGGACGAUUCCAAAUCGCCACAGGAGCUUUUAAUGGCACUUCUGGCAGUUAUAUUCCGAAUUACAAUGACUUCCGCUUCCGCGCACAGACAGCUAGCGCUUUUCGCUUUAUGUGCGCACAGAAAAUCUGUCAUCCGCGGCAUACAUUGUAUGAGCACCAUCUUAACAGGGGGUGGUGCUCAAGUACCCUAG